ACAGUAUUUUUUUCCCAGAUAUAAGCCAUAGGUUGCAGACUGCAUGAAGCUCUUUGACACACACACGCACACACACACUUGGACGCACACACCCACCACAUACCCACCAAGCCAAAGGUUGCAGACUACAUGAAGCUAUUGGACACACAGAAACACACAACAUUUAUUUGGAGAGCUCAAGACUGAGCAUUGGGGUUUGGCACCAAUCUUCCUCCCAGAGUGCUGCCCAAAUCCAGCUUCCAAGCAGCUAAUCAAAGGCACUUGCAGCACCGGGGGAAGCAGUGUUGAAGCCGGUUUUGGCCAGCUCGGGGUUUUGCAAGCCCAGUGGGUCUGUCUGUCUGUGGAACUCUCGUAGAGAACGUCAAACUUCCUCAGUCACUGCCUGCGAUCUAAACAUGCGUGCCCAGGGGUUCCUCAAGUUGGUGAUGCUGCUGGCUGCUUCGUUUCUAACUCUGCUGCCUGCAAUUCCUCAAACUUUCUCCCUGGCCCUGUGGAGUGGCUCCCGCAGCAUCUCCUCAUGUAGACUGUCCCGUGCUGAGUCGGAACGCAGGUGUCAUGUCCCAGGGGGAAAGUUGUGCAGUGGCAGAGGCCAAUGUGACUGCGGUGUCUGCAUCUGCCAAGUGACUGAGCCAGGCAAAUACUAUGGUCCGCUGUGCGAGUGCCACGAGUGGGUGUGUGAGAUUUAUGAUGGCAAGACUUGUGCAGGCCAUGGAAAGUGUGACUGUGGGAAAUGCAAAUGUGAUGAAGGCUGGUAUGGGGAUGCUUGUCAGUACCCAACUACUUGCAACCUUACACGGAAGAAGAGCAAUGAAAUGUGUAAGAAUUCUCAAGAUAUUAUCUGUUCUAAUGCAGGCAUAUGUCAAUGUGGCAGAUGCAAGUGUGAGAAUUUGGAAGGAAAUGGACUGAUUUAUGGUAAAUUUUGUGAGUGUGAUGACCGAGAAUGCAUAGAUGAUGAAACAGGAGAGAUCUGUACAGGCCAUGGAAAGUGUUACUGUGGAAACUGUUACUGUGAGGCUGGUUGGCAUGGAGAUAAAUGUGAAUUCCAGUGUGACAUCACCCCAUGGGAGAUCAAGAAAAGAUGCACAUCUCCAGAUGGCAAAAUCUGCAGCAAUAGAGGCACGUGUAUAUGUGGUGAAUGCACAUGCCAUGAUGUGGACCCAACUGGUGACUGGGGAGAUAUUCAUGGAGAUACCUGUGAGUGUGAUGAAAGAAACUGCAAGGCAGUGUAUGACAGAUAUUCUGAUGACUUCUGUUCAGGUCGUGGACAGUGUAAUUGUGGAAGAUGUGAUUGUAAAAAAGGAUGGACUGGAAAGAAGUGUGAACAUCCACGUUCUUGUCCAUUGUCAGCUGCGGACAGCUCUAAGAAGUGCCAAGGAAGCUCUAAUUUACCUUGCUCCGGAAGAGGGAAUUGUGAAUGUGGCCAGUGCACUUGUUUCCCUCCAGGAGAUAACAGAGUUCAUGGUAAAACCUGUGAAUGUGAUGAUCGACAGUGUGAAGAUAUGGAUGGCAAUGUCUGUGGGGGCCAUGGCCUCUGUUCUUGCGGUCGAUGCGUUUGCGAGGACGGAUGGUUUGGACAGUUGUGUCAACACCCAAGAAAGUGCAACAUGACAGAAGAUGAAAGCAAGCUUUGUGAAUCAGCCAAUGGCAUAUUGUGCUCGGGAAAGGGUUCCUGUCACUGUGGAAAGUGCAUCUGUUCAUCCCAGGAAUGGUACAUUUCAGAAUUUUGUGAAUGUGACGACAGAGACUGUGACAAACAUGAUGGUCUCAUUUGCACAGGCAAUGGUGUAUGUAGCUGUGGAAACUGUGAAUGCUGGAAGAUGAAUGGGAAUGCUUGUGAAAUCUGGCUUGGCACAGAAUACCCUUAAUCAUAACAUGGAGCAUCAAGGACUGAGGGGUUUGGUUUUUUUUUUAGGCUGCUCGAACAAUUAAAUGCAAGGCAAACCACAUAGAACCACCACCAGAAAUAUUCAAAUAGACCAAUGUAAGUUUCUGUGUUUCAUAACAACCAACUGCAGGUUUACUCUAGCUCCUAUUGAAUUAAUUUGCCACACUCACAUUGACUUCCAGUGGAGUGAGAUUGGCCUCGAAGUCUUAAGGUUGAAUUCCUGGCUCCAUGAAAGUGAUACAAGAAAGCUUUAUUGUAUAGUUAGCUUGUUGUCAAAUCUCAACCCAUUACAUAACGAAAUGGCAUUCGUAUAAAAGAGUAGAACUGGCUGGAUAUUUGUCAAAAAUAGUAUCUGAUGCCAUUUCUGGUAUCUGUCAAAUAUAUUAUUAUUUGGCUGGGUUUUUUUCUUCCAAUUCUGAUUAUUUCCCUGCUCCAAUAACAAGAGAAGCUGUAAAUUGCUCCUCAAAACUAAUUAAUUAUUUUAACUUUUGUCAGAGAUCUGCAGUUGUAUAACUGAGAUCCAAAUACCUAAGCAAUCCCAGAGAGUAGGCCAAUGACCCAAAUUAUAAAACCAGACCCCAAUGCUAGAACAGAACAAUUAAAAAAAUAAAUCAAUCUUAAUUUCUGUGGUUACAGUAUCAUUAAGCUGGUUAUCUAGUCUUCAUACUAUACUCUCAAAUACAUAACCUGUAGGAUAAGAUUUUUUUAAAAAAAAUCCAGAUAAAUGAGUUGCUAUAUUUAAUAAAUAUCUUAGAACUUGUAUGUACUUUUAUCAUAGUGUUAUGUAUGUACACUUACCUAGUCAUCUUAAAAAGAAAAGCACAUGAAAAUGUAUUAGGUAACUUUUAGGAUCCCAAUUCUGUAUGCUAUUAGGACUCACUGUUUUGGAACAGAUUACACUGUCACACAUGAUAUUCACUAUAUCUUAUUACUUUUAUAGAAGCUGGGAGUCCAACCGUCAACUGAAUUAGAAAAUCAGGUACAUUAUACAGCACACUGCUGUCAAUGAAAGAUGUUCCAAUGGUGGAAACAAAAUAAUUUAAUUGCAGUUUUCAAACAGUAAUACAAACAGUGCAGUGGUAUGAACAAAAUUUUUAUUUUUUAUCAACGGUGAAAUGCUGCUCAGUGUGAAAUUCACAUUGAAUUAUGAAAAAUGCACAACUAUAUUGGGACUUCCCUAAGUUAUUUACAUUUGAAUCUUUUUUCCCUCCUACAAGUAGGUUUGGCAGCCCUUUAAUUCUUCAGAGCGAAAAAAGAUGUACAUUUUCUUUUCAAAAGUGAUUGAAAUUUUGAUUAAUUACAAAAAAAAAUUCCCAAACUUUGAUAUUGUUAUGUUGUGAUGUAGGUGUCAAGUUUCAGGCUUUUAGUUUGAUACAAGACUAAGAAAUAAGGAACCUGUGUAUCAACUAAAAAUGGUAUUUCCAUUAUUACACUAGAAAUUUGUUUUUCUUAUAGAAAGGACAUUGAUUAUUUAAAUUGGAAAAUACACCAGUACAUAACAUGUAACACUUAUUGUGUGAAAACUUCAGGUGCGCUAUUGAAAGGUUUUCAACAAUCAUUUCCCCCCCAUUUAGCUUGCUCUUGCUCUGACCUCAUUUUCUUUUUAAACAUAAAUGUGUAGCUUUUCAAAGACCAUGUUCUCAGGGAGGCGUAAUCCAGUCACCUCUAAAUGUCUGUGCAUAACUUAUAAAUGGGAGUUCUGCACAUUCACAGAGACAACUAUACCCAAAAGCUGCUACUGCCUCUCCUUAGAUAACCAAAAUAUCAGGCAGAGUUCUAAAAUUUAUUGAUACAGCAUAAACAAACUUUGAAGUAAAACAAGUUUUAAAAUCACAUUUUAUAUUUUAUGGUUGUAACCAUUAAAACUGUACAGAGAUUAGGUAUUUCACUGUGUCAUUUAACAUUUGCCAAUGCUGGUCUUCGACUGGUGAACACAAGCUUGUUGGUUUUAUUUAUAUAUAUAAAUUAACACAGACCGGAAAUCUCUUAUAGUAAUAAAUGUCUUACAGAUGUGGGUACUUCUGAGUCAAUGAAAGAGAAAAGGAAAACAAGCUUCAUUAUAUCUCCCAUUUAUGUACAGUACUUUGUACAGCUAACAAAGUAGAAAAUCAAUGUUUUUUAGAUUGAAUAGAUACUUGGUAUCAUUUAAACAACUAGCAAACAAAGAUAUAAAUACUGUAUCUAGCUAUGAUAUUUCAGGCAGCCAUAUUCCUAGACUGGAAAAUGAUUCUCUGUAAAGCCAUAAAUUGCUGGAUAUCUGUGUGUCAUGUAAUAUUUGAUGUAUUUUAUUUUACUUUGUGAUUUUGUUUGUUUUCCUUUUAAGUUUGUAAACUAAAAACAUAGAAGUGAUUCUAAUUUCUAGUAAGACAAACUUUUAAACAUUUCCACAACAGGUUUGUUUUUUAAUUUUCAGCUACUGGGAUGGAUUAAUAUCGCCUUAUUUAAAAAAAAAAAACAUUUUAAAAUUCUCUUUGACAAAGCUAGUGCCUGGGAUUAAGUAAAAUAUAAAUUAUCAAAGCAAAACUGUGCUAUAAGCCAUAUAGUAUUUAGUAAGACUGCUCAAAAUGUAAUGGAUAUCUAUUUUCUUUUCCAUUUUUAUUCUUUUUUGUGUGUGUUGCUUGAACAGCUUUUUUUCCCACACUGAGGAAACCAGUGAUAUGAGUCCCAGUCCAUCUUCUAUGCAGCUUAUUCCUUUGCUAUAAAAUAAGACUUGAAGAUAAAUAUUAUUGUUUCAUGUAUGUGAAAAUACUGUCUGCCUAAAUUGUAAAAGUAAAAAAGAGGUGCAAGGGAAUGAAAAAUAUUUCCCAUUUAAUUAACAAACAAUAAUUAUGUAACUGCUUCCAGGUCUCAGGUAAACAGUAAUUAUAGAAAGAGAAAGCUGGUUAGAUAAGUGGGGAGUUUGAUAUUGAACACAUAUACAGUUCUCUAUUCUUGUGAUAAAAAGGGCAGCGUCUGAAAAGUGCUGAAUACUACUUCUGAGCACUCUCAGCAUUUGGCAGGAUUGUGGCCACUCCAUAUAACUUCUUCUUGGGUUUCAGACAUAAACUUGUUGUUCACUGUUUUGCUUGUAUCAAUGAUUUAGCAAAGGGAAAGGAUUACUGGGAGGGUAAAUGGUCAAGCUCUCUUUCAGAGGUGUGUAGCUGGAGAUUUGAUCAUGUACCCCUGGCUUGGUGUUUUUGAUGCACUGCCCUCCUUCUUUCUGGAAUGGUGACUCACUUUACUUCUAAAUUAUAUUUCGUACUGUAGUCCAAGGACAAAUAAAACUAAGUUGAAUAUUUUUACGACUAGGCUCUAGAACAAAAAUUUUAUUACAUUAAAAAAAAUAAAUCAUAGCACUUGCAUUAGACAUCCUGAAAAAAAUCUUGAAAUGUAUUGCACAGCUCACAAAUUUAUCCAAAGGAGCAUUUAAACAAAACUAUACUAUGUCUAAUUUUCCUCCGUUUUCUAACCUGAAUGGAGUUGAAUAUUUCUACUUUGUACCAUAGAACAACAAGACACACCUUUAAUACAUGGGCCAAUCUCUGUCUACUCGAUUGACUGCUAUAACAUUACAGCAGCAGAGAAUUUGUCCCUCUGUGUGUAAACGAUUAUGAGCUUUACAAGAUUCUUUCAAGUAAAUACAUUGUGAAAGAAGGUCCUUUUUAUUCUUUUGUGGGUUAAUUUUGUUAUACAAAUCAUAUGGAUGAAAAAAUGACAAUACAUAAACAUGUUGAUUUGAGCGUUUCUUAAAGAAUAGGAGAAGAAGUAAAAGAGGUGUUAAGUGAGCUACAAAUCACUUGUGAUAUUUCCAUAGAAGCUACUAUAGCUUUUCAUAAACAUGACCAAGCUGGUAAGGGUUCAUGUGAAUCUAUAAACACUUUUUAAGCACAACUAAAAUAGUGCUUUAUUCAAUUUGUACAUAUCUACCAAGAACUGUGUGUGUAUGCGUGACUGAUAUCUUGCCAAAAUUGUUGCUGAAAUAAAAAUGAACUUUUUGUUUCAGAGGGAAAAUGAAGAGAUAAUGCCCAUCUGCAUUAUUAACAUACCUGUGCAUUAGUGAGAUAGUGAAGAGAUUGCGAUUUCUUUUUUGGACCACUGUGCAACCCAGGCUCUCUGGGAUUAAAUAAAAGAAAGAAAGGAGCAAUACAAAACACAGCAUGCAAAUGUCUGGCAUACUGUAGAGUCACAUACAUUGCUGAACAUGGAAAUACAAACACAAAAUCUGUAAAUAUAAAUUAAUUCAUCAGGUUUACUAUACAGGACUUUAGUAGUAACAGACAGUUGAAAUAGUUUUCACUUAAUAGCAAAAUUAAUUUUUAGAGGGAACAAAAUGGCGAAGUCUUAUCCUGGAAACAGCAAGAGAGGUAAUAUAUCAAGGAGCUAAAAUUUUCUUUGGCAUGGUAAAGGGGGAGAAUUGAGUUUGCCAACUAGCUACAUGGUUUCACUAUAUUGUGGCCAGUGCAAUGUUAUUUUGCACAUUCUGCUUGUUAGAUAAAGUUGUUUUGUUUUUUCAAUAUAUCUUCAUAUAAACAUUUUAUUCAAUAUGUUGCCUCUGUGUAUACAACAAAUGAUAAUAAACACCAAACUGUACAAUGCAAACCAACUCUUUGCAUAUAUGUAUGUAAGUUUAGUAAUACAUACCAACAGUUCUUGAUAUGCAUGGCCUACUACAUGCAGUUCAUCAUUGCAUCCUCUUCCCAUGCAACAGACGAGACAAGAGACAAAAUUAAAGGAGUGACCAAAGCACAAAUAACAAAGACUCCUGUGCUCUAUGUUUAAACAGACCUUUAGAAGAAAUUGUUUUAAGACAUCCAUUCACAGGAUUAAACACCUUUACAGGCAACCCAUGUAAACAAAAAUAAAACUGGUGAUACAUUUACAGUACAUACUAGUCAUUUACAAAAUAAAUUCAGCCUUAAUUGUAACUAGUCAAACUGGUUGGCAGAGAAAUAGCUGCCUGAGAUGUAGGAUUAAUGUUGACAAUGGUAAUGUAUAUGGUCUUGGGACACCACUCCCAGAGAGCUGAAAUUCAAAGGACCAGCUUGUGCUCUCUACAUCCUCAGGGCAUACCUCAGGCAGUUCUAUGGCACUUUCUCAUCUCUAGACCCUGCAGAACCACCUUUGUGCAGUCCAGGGUCCAAACUGGGCAGGCUGGAGACUGAGUGGGAUAGGGCAAGAAUGCACAUAGGCUCCGUCACCAGCCCUGUGAACAUUAGACACAAAAGAUAAUGCAGCUUUUCAGCAUAACUCCCUUCCCAAUCCCAAGAGGUGCUACAGCAGAGGUGAGGGAGGCGGGGAGGUCAGUGAGGCUCCAAUGCCAGGACGCCACCAGAGAGCCGGGGCAGAGCUCUACUCUGGUAGUCCUGGCCUCCUACUGAUCCACUGGGGGAGGCUUCAUAGUCUUUUUUUUGGGGGGUAGGGGGGCACACACAAGUCCCACCCCUCCUGGUGGGAUGAGAUGGGAGGCUCACCACAAGGGGUGUCUCAUAGAGAUUUUCUCCUUUAAAGCCACCAGGUGAGGGGAUGAUCUGGGCCAAAAGUUACUUUUUGCACAUUUUGUCACAGCAUUAACGUAGCUUUGUCUUGUUAAAUGCUUAAAUACUUACAAAACAAACUUCACUUGAUAUGUUUCACUCGGCUCUUUAAAAAGACCCAAACUUUGUCUGUUUUGAACGGUAUCUAAACAAGGAACCUAAACUAUCAAAAGACUCAUAGCAGCAUUACAAUAACCUACUUAAACAAUAUGCUGGGUUACUUAUUAAAAUGGAACCCCUCCAUCCCCCAUAUGACAAGCAUGAAGAGUUAAUGUAGACUGAAUCAGUAUGCAGCUAAACAGGCCAGGAAUUUGAAACAACUGGUGGCUGUCACAGAGCUCUGUGUACUGCCAUAAGAAAAUUAUUUUUUUCACUACAUACAAUUGCUCAAAAGGGAAGGAUGAAGUUUGUCUCCCUUAAACAUGAUAACAGCAAGAGGCCAAUAGAAGGUUGUCACACACAUUUUGCCAAAACCCAGGUACUUGUUGCCCUUUCUGAGAAGCAAAUGCCUAUUAAGCACACACAGAAUAGCCUUAUUUCAGUCUUUUGAAAGUAUGCGACUAAAUAUUUGAAACUCAUUACCUAUAGUAUUUAACAUUACAAUGGCAUCUUUGUUGUACUGUCUAAAGCUUAUUACCCAUUUCAUUUUUUUCUCAAUUGGUUUCAUGACAGUUAACUGACACCAGUGAAAUGUCACCAAUAUUUUUCAUGAAGCAAUUGAAACAUGAUCCAAGGACUCAAUAUCAUAAUGGGUUUGAUUUCCUCUAGUUAGAAUGUAUAAUAUACAGAAAGCAAGGCAAGGCACCGUGUAUCUAGCAACUUGGUGGGAACAUCCUAAAAAGCUGGGUUAGAGGUAUGUACUGGGUUACAAGGUGAAAUACAUAGGACUGGACUCUGCAUGCUGAGCUAAAUUUUGUUUGUUUUGUUUUCUACUAGACCCAGUUAAAAAAAUUUAAAAGUAUAAUUUUAAAUAUAUUUAAAGUAUAAUUUGUAACUACCCUUUGCAUUGGUGCUGCUAAAAGAACACAACAUCAUCCUUGCCCGUGCUUUGCUGAGGAAGAGUGGAAAACAGCCAAAAUAAUGAUGGCAUUAAAUUCAGUUAAUUAAAAACAGGAAAGGAUUAGAUCUGAACUGGAUUUAGGUAGCGCAAUUCUUGUUAGUCUUAAUUAUUGGUUUUCAAACAAUGACAAUUAGUAGGUGAAAUAUGAGCCUUAAUUCAGGCCUACAAGGCCUACAGAGUUCUUUGGACCCACUUUCCCAAAAAUGAGUGGGUCUUGCUUGCUGGGGCAAGGCAAAUGUUACCAUUACCAGUAAGCCUGUGAUAUGUAUAAAACACACACACAAAAAGAAACUAUAGGGAGAUGUUAAACACUAGUCUCAAAAUUUUUUCUACUGGUCAUGUUUGACACUUUUCCCACCACAAUAAUGCCAAUCUCAGGAGCAUGGUAUCUGUUACUAAAGUGUAUUCACAUUUAUCAAUAUUCUAAGUCGGAGACAAUGAUUCUAGUCUUCAUAGAUAUAAUUCAUAAUAAUAGGUUUUUGAAGGCUUCCUGAUUCCCUGAGUGCUUUCAGAACUAAGCCACCUGCAACAUUUAGAGAACCACAA